UGAAAGAAUAAAUCCAGUCACAAAGGUAAUACUGUUUUCCUUGAAAUAUUUUCCAUCUAUUUCAUCUGCUGUUUCUUCAUUCCAAAGCAAUCUUAAUCGAAAGAAACAGUUACAGCCCAAACUUGCAGCCAUUCGCUGUCGUUUUGUGUGCACAACGAUCGUCGUAAACCUCCAAGAAGUGCAUUGUGGGAGUGAAAUUCUAUUAAUUUUUAACAUGGCAGCGUUGUAAGUGGAUUUGCGGCGCUUGAAAUUAAAACUAUAUAAUGUCUUCUUUUUGCAGUUAAUAUCGGUUUAUAACUUAAUAUAUGAGUUUUAAUAAACUACUUAUUUACCACUUUCACCACUAUAACUAUAUCAAAGUUGAAGCAAGACAAAUCAGAGAGUUCGAUGUUGCUGGAACGUAUGGCAGACUCUGAUUUAGAUAACGACGAUCAUGGGAAAGUGUCGAAAGUGGUGGUUUUACUUCAUGAUUCCCGGAAAUGGGAGCACGCUUAUAUAUUUAUUGGUGAAAUAAAUAGUGCGUAAAACUACAUAAGAAAUAAGAUACUGUAUUUUGAUCUUAUAUGUUGCUUUGAUUAUACACCUUAAACGUGAGAGAGGUAAUUGGAUUGAUGUUUAGUCAUGAACGCGUCUCAUGGUCUUCGUUUGCAGUGCCAGUCUUAAAUUUAAUCUUUAACAUGCUACAAGUGAAAUGUAGCUAAUGAACGUGCCGUGUAACUAUGGUAUGGAAGACAGGCUAGUAGGAAAAUUCAACAGUGAUGUUCAUAUUUAAGCAAAUUGUUAUUGCUGUCUACAAAGCAUAAAAUUAAACAGAUUUUAUUUGAAGGCAUUGUAAGGCCCUCUCAGGUAUACUGCUCGUUAGAUAUGUACAUCAAAAAAGAACCAGGAAGCAUGGAAGCAACAUUCCAACCUCCACCUGUGACCUCCAGUACUGGACUGGAUGGACAACAAAGUCCUCGCUCAGUGUGCUUUGUGUGUGGAAAUGUGGGACAUCCUGAACAGUAUUGGUUAAGAGUAAAGCCAAGCUCAAGUCCUUCUGGGGGACCCAAUGAGGCAUACUUUCCAUUUUUAGAGUCCCAUGAACCACCAGCUGGUUACAGACUGGAAACAGAUUCAGCACCAACAGCUGUACGAGCAUGUUAUCUUUGUUACUCUCUUCUUAUGCAGCAGUGGGACUGCUAUGAACGUGAUGCUACACCUCACCCUAGACGUCUUUACUGGCUAAAGCGGUGUGACAAUGGUCCAUUCACGGGUGCAGAAAUGGCUUUGCAGGGUGAAUAUGCUGCUCAAGUUCUGGGUUUAAAUGCUGCAGACAAUUCUCAAAGAGAACCUGUGGCAAGACCUCUGUCACAUGAUGAUGCUGUCAUCCGUCCAGGUAUAUCCCCGCUGCUGUCAUCAUCAGCUCCUGCUCCUCCACCAUCUGCUAUUUCGAUGAGUAUUGAAGAUUCGCGUGGGUCAGAAGCAGCACUAGACCUGCGCCAUGGUGGUGCUAGGGAGUCCCCAGCACCUGCAUCUACAGGUGGUUAUCCUACAAGUGGCAGCGGUAGCAGUGUGAUGGGUGCAGAUAUUUUAGAUCUGAGCAUGCCUGACAAGAACUCAGCCACAGAAGUGUGUUAUGUCUGUGGUGAUGAAUAUAAACGUGGCUCACUAUGUCAUAUUGCAGCCAAACCCCUUCCCUCCCCUCAACCUCAGUCAUCUUCUCCACCACCUUUCUUUCCCUCUCUUAUGCUGCAUCCUCGGCCUGGACGAUCACGCCCCAUGGAUUCAGCUGGACGGGUUCAGGCAUGCAAAGCAUGUCAACGUCAUCUGUUACAACAGUGGCAUGCCUAUACAGUACAGGGAGUGCCUCAUUCAGAACGUAAUUAUGCUUUAAGGAAGAGGCCAGCUCCUGCCCUUGAUACCACAACAUUCAUUUGCUAUACAUGUGCUCUCGAGUAUCCUUCAUCAUCAAUUCGCUUGCUGUACUGUUGUCCAAAUCCAGAAAAGGAACCUUACUUUCCAAACAUUGGCACACUGCAGCGACCUCCUGGGGCUGUUCCGAUCUCUUCCCAAGGAGUGGUCCAGGUGUGUUCAAUUUGUUUCAAAACAAUACCUCAGAAACAUCAAGUAUUUAGUGGAGGUGGAACCUACAAUCAUCAAGUAGAAGACAAUGAAACAGUUCGGAGGCAAGGCCUCUCUCCUCGCCCCGCAGUUGUAAAAUCGCCAGCUAGUGCAAGUGGAAGCGAUAUACGUUUCAAGCCAUACGAAUUGGUUACAAGCAGCAAAAAUCCAAGUGCUGGAGUUUCUCUCUCAGCAGCAAAGCGAAAAAUAUCAACUGGUGGUACGGGAGAUACAGGAUCAGUGCGUAGUGGUAGUGUGGGAAAUGUAACAUCUGCAUCUCCUGGACCCAUUGUAUCUGAACAGAAUGGUAGUGGGCAGCAAAUCAUGGCAACCAAUUCAAGUAACGGCAGUCAGCAGAAUUAUCGCUGCUACAUCUGUGCAGGUCUCUUCCCAAGAUCCCAUAUGAAAUGGUUAUCAACAAGUCCAGAAGGAAUGAACUCUCAUGCAAUGCACUUCCCAUGCUUGCGCAGUAUUGCCUGUACCUCAGAAAAUGCCUGCAUGGAUUCUCACGGACGUAUCUUAGCAUGUUCCCGGUGUGUCAGCCAUCUUUCCCAACAGUGGGAGAGCCUUGAAGCUGAUCGAAUACCUUUAGAACGCAGAAGGUAUGAUGUUCCAAGUCCAAGUGUUGGUGGUUCUUCAGUGGUAAUAUCAUGUUGGAAUGGAGAUGCAUCACAAGUGGGUGUGUCUAGAUCAAUAACUCCACCAAAUGUGGCCUCUGAACGUUCAGCGACUUGCAGUUCAAUCUACUGUUUUCUCUGUGGACUUCAUUCUGAUUUGACAUUAGCUCGUGUGCUUUAUGGAAGGCCACAGGGUCGGAAUGCACCUUUCUUCCCGUCAUUAUUGCGACAUGUGUCACCCCCCAACGCAGAACAGCUAAGGGAGGAUGGUUCAGCUUUGGUUUGCACUUUCUGCUAUCACUCUCUGCUGGCCCAGUGGCGUCAUUACGAGCAGCUUCAAGGAAGUGGGUCCGCCAUAGUAGCUGACAAACGAGAAUAUAACACACAUGAUUACUGCUGUUAUGUAUGUGGUAUUACAACGUACAGAAUACGUGUUCGUGCACUGCCUGUCAAGGACUUCCCAUUUUUGCGAUAUCAUCGUCAGCCAGAACGUAGCUUGUUGCUGGAGAAUGGAGACUUUGCUGUAGUAUGCCUGGAUUGUUAUGAAACAUUACGUACACAAUCACUGGAGUAUGAACGUUGGGGACUGCCUGUUGAGAAGCGAGAAUAUAACUGGAUCACUCAGCCACCACCUCCAGAGGACUCUCCAGAUGCAACAGUAGCAAGGCUACCAUCUGGAGAACGCUCAGAAAAACAAGUGCCUCCAGUGAUAACAGCCCGUCCUUCCCGUAAGAAUUGUUCACCAAAAACUACUGCUGAUCUGAAGAAGCAAACUCCAGCCAUGAGCAAAGCGCAUCAGUCAUCAGCGAACAGUGGUGAAAAGGUGGAACAAGGUGUACCUCCUGGCACGAAACCUGCACCCGGAGGUCACCUGUUGCCAUCGUCUGCUUCUCAAAAUAAGCACCAUCGCUCAGGAGCACAGUCACUUCCAGGAGGGCAUACAGUACCAGGUCCAGGUCCUGGGGUUGGAGUGGGUGUUGCACCCACCCAAUCUGCCUCUAGUAGCGGAGGGAGGUCAUUUGCAGCGGCGCUUAGGAACCUUGCGAAGCAGGCGGUGCCUCCUGCAGAACGUGAAAGUGAAGGGGAACCUCCAGCACCCCAUCAGGUGUCCCCAAAACGGGGGCCACCUCCUCUAGUCCGUGGAGCUUCACCCACAUCUGGUGCGGGCCAAGACACUCGUAAAGACCGUGGAGGUUCUGCUCAUGAACAACCUGUGACAUCACGCGGUGGAUCAUCUCGUCAAGCAGACGAUGGUCCACUUUAUACAGGAACCAGUAGUCGCAGUAGUGGUGGAGGAUCAGUACCUGCCCCUGGUCCAGAAAUUACUCGCAGUGGAUUUCAGCCCUAUCGGCCUGAAGACUCUUCCCACAGACUUGGUAGUCAGCAUCCCCCAGCUCCAGCCCCGCCACCUCCACCUCCAUUCGGUCUCGAUCCUGCCGCAGCAGCGGCGGCAGCAGCA